UCGGCCGUGAGGAAAUAAUGUAGUUCAUAAGUUGACAAACCUUGGAGUUGCAAGUGCCUUUUUUUUAAAAGCCUCCCGUUCCCGCAGUAAAGCUGGAUCCAUUUUUGUUUCUAUUAACAAAACAAUCUAUUACAAUACAACAAUAACGAUGUGGUCAAUAAGAAUAUUUUUAGUAACUUUUUAUGUAAUAUCUUCUUAUUGCGAUGAACAGACAGUAUGGCGAUGGACAUGUGAUAGUGGGAAAUGUUUAAAAAUGAGGACGGACCCGCAAAGUACUGAGCCCGCUCUCACCCUGGAAGCAUGCAAGAUGUUCUGUAGUGAAUUUGGUCUGCUCUGGCCAAGACCGACCGGUGAGGUGAAACUAGGUAAUUUUCUGUCAAGAGUGAACCUCCAGAAUCUGAAGGUGGUUAACCAAAAGCGAGGUCUCACCGAUACUAUCACCGAUACAGCGGUGGAGAGAUUCAAAAACCAAAUCCGCCAAUCUAUUCCUAGGGGCGUGCGUCCUAAAAAUACAGGGAAAUCCGUGGACGUCUACCUAGUUAAUAAUAAUCCAAACACAACUGCCUUUUCACUGACUAUGGACGAGAGCUAUUCCCUGAACGUCGGAGCGGCGAGCACAGACAAGAUAAAUGCGACAGUAACAGCUAACUCAUUCUUUGGCCUGAGGCACGGGCUGGAGACCCUGUCUCAACUGUUCGUGUAUGACAACAUAAGAGAUCACGUCUUGAUGGUGAGGGACGUCACUGUCAUCGAUUCCCCAGUCUACCCAUAUAGAGGUUUACUUCUGGACACUGGAAGAAAUUUUUACACAGUCGAAUCUAUAAAAAGAACAAUUGAUGCCAUGGCUGCCGUGAAACUGAACACAUUCCACUGGCACAUUACUGACAGCCAGAGUUUCCCAUUCGUGUCGAAAAGGAGACCAAUUCUGACCAAGCUAGGAGCAGCAAGCCCUGAUAAGACAUACAGUGUAGAAGACAUAAGAGAGGUGGUGGAAUACGCAUUGGUGCGCGGUGUGCGCGUGAUUCCGGAGUUCGAUGCUCCCGCGCACGUCGGCGAGGGUUGGCAAGACUCUAACCUCACCGUCUGCUUCAAGGCGGAACCAUGGCGGAAUUACUGCGUCGAGCCUCCAUGCGGACAAUUCAACCCUAUUAAAGACGAACUAUACCAAUAUCUGGAGGACAUCUAUAUGGAUAUGGCAGAGGCAUUCAAACCAGACAUCUUCCACAUGGGCGGGGACGAAGUCAGCGAGAAGUGCUGGAACAGCUCCACGGAGAUCCAGCAGUUCUUGAUGCAGAACAUCUGGGGCCUGGACACGGGGAGCUUCCUCAAAUUGUGGAACUAUUUCCAAACGAAAGCGCAAAAGAAAGCGUACAAAGCUUUCGGAAAGGGUAUUCCUUUAAUCCUAUGGACCAGCACCAUGACAGAGAGCGCACACGUCGAAGAGUUCUUAAACAAAGACGAAUACAUUAUACAGGUUUGGACCAAGCGAAAUAGUCCUCAAAUAAAUAGACUACUCCAGAAAGGAUAUCGACUCAUCUUGUCGAACUACGAUGCGUUGUAUCUGGAUUGCGGCUUCGGAGCGUGGGUUGGCGACGAUAUACAGUGUCAACGAGAUCUAUUAGAAGAGAAACAGCGUCACAACUGGUGUGCGCCGUAUAUCCCCUGGCAAAAGAUCUACGACAAUAGUCCAGCAGAAAUUGCGCCGGAUCACAAGAAACUCAUUCUUGGUGGUGAAGCGGCGCUGUGGUCGGAGCAAUCGGAUUCGGCGACGUUGGACGGGCGGCUGUGGCCGCGCGCGGCCGCGCUGGCCGAGCGGCUCUGGGCCGAGCCCGCCACCAACUGGCGCGACGCUGAGACCGGCAUGCUGCACGUCAGGGAACGCCUGGUGCGAAUGGGCGUCCAGGCAGAGGGUCUGCAACCAGAUUGGUGUUACCAGAACGAAGGAUACUGUUACUAAGUCAGCCGCCAUGACAUUUUUAAAAUAAUUUUUAUUACAAAAUAAACUAUAUAUUGAGACCAGUAGCGCCCUCUGUAGUAACGCCUGAAAUUGGAAAUUAAUAUGAUAAACUUUAUCGAAGGCGCCACUGUGUGUGAAAUAAAUUGUAACUUCAAAAAGAUUUGUAGGUUACCUAUUUACCAUGAAAUUAAAAUAUAAAAUAUUUUUGAGGACAACUUGAUAGCAACAAGUUGAUUUUAAUAAAAUGUUUAAUAUGC